ACUACAGUAUGACACAAGGAUUUUAUCUGGACCUUAUGUCACAGAAUUCAGGUGACAAUUUUACCCAGCAGAUCCGUACCAGCCAGCUGCUGCAAAUCAGUCACUGAAAUUCCAAGGAACCCACAAAAAGGUCUGUCUGAAAUCACUUAUGAGUACUUCAACUACAUCAAUCUUCCUCCCAACUGCAACCAGCCAGGCUCAUGGGACUAAUCAGAGUGUGGCUGUGGAAAAGACGGCGGCAUCGUAUGCUGUCCUCAAGUUCAUGGAGAGCUUCUGCCUCAUCAGCGCUGUCUGCGGGAUGGUGGGAAACGGCAUGGUCCUGUGGUACCUCGGCUUUCGCAUCCGGAGGAACCACUUCACUGUCUACAUCCUCAACCUGGCCGCUGCCGACUUCGGCUAUCUCCUCUGCAUCGCCGUUGAGACAGUUCAGUACCUGAUGCAGUUCAAUGUGGGGGUGCAGUUUGGGCUGUUCCUCUUCCUGGAUCUUUUCAUGUACGGGACCGGCUUGUAUCUCCUGACCGCUAUCAGCAUCGAGAGGUGCCUCUCUGUCCUUUGUCCCAUCUGGUGCCGAAGCCACCGCCCCAAGCACUUGUCCGGCGCCGUCUCCAGCUUGCUCUGGGGUCUCUCCCUGCUGCUGAACACGCUCGGCUACGUUUUGUGUACCGUUCGCCGCUCUGCCGGGAGCUGCCGGCUCCUGCUCAUCGCCAUCGGAGCCUUGGACUUCCUCUUCUGCACGCCCCUCAUGCUGUUCUUCAGCCUGACCCUCUUCCUUAGAGUCAAGUGCAGCUCCCAAAAACUCCAGACGGGCAGGCUCUUCACCGUCAUCAUGCUCACCAUCCUCUUCUUCCUCAUUUUCGCCGUGCCUCUGGGCGUCCUGAUCUUCUUUGACUUCUUGGGUUACAAGUUCCUCUACUCCCCGGAGAUCGGCUUUGUGCUGUCCUGCGUGAACAGCAGCCUCAACCCCGUCAUUUACUUCCUUGUGGGGAGCUACAGGGAUCGGAGAAUCAAGUUCACCCUCAGGCUGGCAUUCCAGAGGGCCUUUGAAGAUUCAGCAGAUGACAAAGAAGAACGGGAAACCCGUGACACAAUAACUAUGUCCUCCUAAUACCCUGCUGUGCCUAACACAGUAAUGCUGGUCUGGAACUGAGGGCUGAUAGUUUACCGAAUCGAAGAACUCUGAGGUAUUGGGGAAGGCUUUUCUCUCGUAACUUUCAGUAUCUUCACUGUAGAUCUCUACUCUUCACCUAGUUAUUUUAAGCUCCAUCUGUGGUCAGUGAAAACAUGCACCUGGAUCACAGAAUUUAUCUGACGUGUAUUAGGACCACACUGAAAGUGCCUAUUUCUUUUCAGUGGCCAUUAAAUGAUUUCAAUAUGAUAA